AUGUCGUCUUAUCCCUAUCCCGCGGCGAGGCGCCAGAAGCUCAACCAGGCCAGUGCUCAGCAUAGUCAUGUCCGCCUCCCUGAACGAGUGUCCAAAUCCAAGUCACAGUCACAGUCCGUACCUCUGAAGCGCAAGGUCUUGUCAACGGCUCGGUCUCAGCCUGAGAGAACGCCUGACUUCGCCAGGCCUCGGCGCAAGGUCUCAUCAUGGUUUCAGUCUCAGCCUGAGCCCGUGCUCGUGCCCGAGUCCGUGCCGCCUCAGCGCACAGGGAAGUCCAACCCACCGCCCCACCGCGACGUCAGAUCCGCAUCCUCGAAACACAGGGUGGAUUCAAGGCUUGAGCAUCCGCCCACAUUCGUGCCGUCGAAGCACGAGUCGAGCAAGUCUACCUCAAAGCCAAAGCCUCGUCCGGACUCCUCACCGAAGCAGCAAAACCCUGCGCCAGAGGCAGGACGACACCCUCACCUCGAAGCCGCGCCCGACCCGCUCAAUCACCUCCUCAAUACCCUUGAUGAUCUUGACCGGGCCAGCCACCUUGGCAAACUCCGGACCAACGUCACCGCCGCUCGAAAUCUCCUCUCAUCUGCCAAAUGCUCUCUCAGAACAUAUCAGAGCCAAGUUGCACGUCUCUCUAGCGAGAUGUGUCGAACCAGACGGUACGCAGAGCAGAUCGUCGCAGGGAAGACCAAUCUCGAUGGCUCGAACAGAUAA